AUGGUAGCAAACAGCAUCGCUGCCGAGGCCUCCAAGGGCACAGAACCCUCUGCACCGAGCAUGGAACAAGCUCCUGAACCCUCUGACUACAAUGUUCAAUACAUCAUGAGCGUGAACCUGCAGGAAGACAUGGGGUCCGAUAUACCACUUAAUGAUAGACGACUUUCGUACUCGUUGGAUGACUCCAGGGGAAAGGUCACGCCAUCAAAAGGGGACAUAUUUGAACAAGAACGAGAAGACUACUGGUUGUUUUCCGUCCAUGUGAAUGAGGGAGAGAUGGAUUUUUUGAUCGGAGGCGAGAAUCCGGCGUACGCGACAUGCGCUCCGAAUUGGCGCAACAUCUCAGACGAAAGAAAGCAGGGCGUCAUUCUUCACGGUGACAGAUCGGGGGUGUACAGGACGGGCGAAUUUCGCUUUGAGAGAGAACGAUUUGUCGCUGUUCGGGCUCCCAAGGCGACCAAUCCAGCGAUAACUGUAUGGGGCAGGGGAAAUUAUACUGCCCUCAACUGGGUUGGGCUGUUCAUCCAGUCGUCCGCUCCUGAUACAAACGAAUUUAUUGCGGUAAGAACCAGCAGCAAGAUACUCCCAAAGUACGCCGAUAGGACUUUGGAGAAAAUGCGGGGGACGGACGUGACCGGCCGAUCGAUCACGCUGUUUCCCAAGCAGCUCUUCGGGACCGAUGGGGUAAACAGGGCUACAUUCGGUAAAUUUGUCACUGGUGACCCUCACAACAAGCUGGGACAUGCACACUGGAUUCAGAGCAAAGCAGGCCCAAACGGCAUUCUCAAUAAAUGCCCAGCAUACACAUGGAACGCAAACGGGAAAACGGUUAUUGAGGAGAUCAUUAGGGAGGACGUGAAAGGAGAUAAUCCUGUUCGGCUGCCUAUGUUCGACUACUCGAAGGGGUGUAUGUUGCUUCCACGGGAACUAAGUGGCAAGAAAAUUCUAAUUCUCACAUUCGGAUCCUUGCUCGAGGCGGUUCUGGGCUUAGUCAGGGGCGAUAUCGCGAGUGUCAUAAAGAGUAUCACGGAUUUCACUGACAAAGCUAUUUCGGGCGCCGACCUGAAUGGCGAAGGUAUGGUCACGGCACUGGUGAAAAUUGGGCAGGCGGUAUGGGAAAAGAAGAAGAAAAAGAUCAACACAGACGGCGUGGACGAUCUUGUCACAAAGCUCAGCAGCCUCAUUGACACAGAUUUUGGUAGUUGCUAA